GGCCGCAACAAUCCCUACCACCAGAUCCAUGUCCGCUCUCCUCUCACCUAGUCCCAGCAGGUAGGUGCUUUCCGGAAGGCGCUGGUCGCUGCGCGCCGAUGGCCGACGACCACCCCGCGCAAGCUGCUGCCGCGGUCGCGUGCGGACGGGACGGACGCGGCGGGGAUAGCGGAGGGCGGGGAAGGGGCGAGCACGCGGCGCGCGGGGGGCGAAGGGGAGGAGGGAGGAUAGCGAGGGGGAGAGGCAAGGGAAGGGGCGGAGGCGAGGCGUGGCGAGGGACGAACGGUGCGACGGACGAGGAGAGCGUGGCGGCGUGGGCGUGCGCGCGGCUGGGCGAGCCGAAGCGGGCGCUGAUGAGGCGAGCGGUGCACGCAGUGGGGGGCGACGCCGUUGCGCAGAUGCUGGUGGAGGUGGACGCGGUGCAGCGCUGUGGAGGGCAGCUCACGGCGGAUGGCAAGAGGCGCCGCACUCCGGGCGGCGUGUUCUGGAACGUUUUGAGGGCGAGAGUCAGUGCUGACGUGUACAUCGAAAUCAUGGCGCAGGAGAGAGACGUGCAGAAGCGGCGGGACAGAGGGCAGGCGCGCAAGAAGAGGAGGAAGCAGCAGCAGCAGCAGGGGAAGGGCGUGAGUGGGUCCGGAUGUCUUGCCUCCUGUAGUGCUGCCAGUGCCAAUAAGGAAGGCAGUGCGUUGGACGAGCCGUGGUGUGAUGCCAGCCAUGGCAGUGAUGGCAGCGAUGGCAUGAGCCUCUCGGUGGACGGCUUGAGUGAUGCUGACCAUGAUGCUCUUGAUGAUGCUCAUGCUGCCACUGAUGCUGCUGAUGUGGCGCAGGAUGCGUGGACUGGGCGGCAUGCAAGAAAUGGCAUGUCUGCCCAUGUGGAUGGCAGGCUGCAGGUGGGGCACGGCGUGAGGGUGCGUGGAGGGGACAUGGUGGAUGGCAUGGCGGCGGUCAGAUCGGGGCAGGGGGUGGGCAGAGAGACGGGAAGGGGGGUGGGCAGAGGGAGCAGAAGAGGUGGAGGCGAUGGAAGGGGAGGAGGAGAGGCAGGAGGGGGUGGGGAUGCGGAGGAGAGCGGUGAAGAAGGGGAGAUGGACGGAGGACAGUGCGGCAGAGGCGAGGCAGGAGUAGGUGGUGUGGGCGAGGGGGCGAGUGGCAGUGGGGGGAGGCGGGGUGAGGGCAAGGGGACGGGCGGGCAUGUGGAUGUGGAGGAGAGGGUGCGGCUGGACGUGGCAGUGGCGUCGGGCGCUGUGAAGCAGGUGCACCACGCAUGGCGCUGCGCUGUCAUGGCAGGCGGGGGCGCAGGGGGAGAGGACGGGUGGGGGGAGGGGGAGCAGGGAGAGGAGGGCGAGUGGCGAGCAGGCGAUGCGGCAGUGGGGCUGGGCGCGCCUGCUGGAGCCGCUGCUCUGGCGGUGGGUGGUGAGGGGGAGGGUGUGCGUGGCGGUGAGGAGAGGAAGGGUGGGGAUGGCAUGGAGGUGGAUGGUGAGUGUGAGGAGCAGCAGCAGGGGGGCGGGGGAGAGGUGCUGGCAGUGGAACGGCAUGGUACACAUGCUGCUGCCAGCAGCAUUGCGGGUGAGGGGGCCGCAGUUUCGACCCCUCUGCCAUGCGAUGCCUCUGAGAGCACUGCAGAUAGACAUGGCAGUGCGGGAGGUGAGUUCGAGGCAGCAGCAGCUGUGGAAGCAGUGCACAGGGCAGGGGAGGGCGGGCAGAGGGUGCCUGUGAAGCAGCGCCUGCGCAUGCCAGUCACAUAUGAUGACGUGCCUCUUGUGGCUGAGGGAGCAGUAGAAGCUGCCACGGUUUGAAGGAUGGCUGGUUGGUUCCAUGGAAGCUUCGUGUAGUAGAGUCGGUUGGUACGCUGCUGAAACUGGCAGAAUCGUCUCCAAGCAGUGUAAAACCUUGAACUGUUCGAUUUCAACAUCCAUCGAAAGAAGCAAUUAUGGUGGCUUUUGUGUAGUAUAAAUAUGUUACUGGAUCAGCUCUCAACUAGAGCUGAAACAUAGAAUGGACCACCAAUGAAGUGAUAUCAUGAUA